AUGGAUGACUAUGAGUUGGACCGCAUUGCAUCUGAUAACCCAGCGCUGACAGCACCUGCAUUGGAGCGCACGCCAUUGAGUCGACGUAAAUCCUAUGUCAAGAAGCAGGCUAGCAAUAGAUCCGAUAACUCUCAAACUACGGUGUCGAAUGCGGAGUUGACAAAGUACGAUGUUGGCUGGCGUAGAAUAGUACGCAACUUCUCGCCAUCCUGGUUCAGCGUCACCAUGGGCACCGGUAUCGUAUCCUUACUCCUUGCCGCAAUACCGUUCAAAGCAGAUUGGCUGUAUUGGCUAGCGGUAGCAUUUCUCGGUCUCAACACUGUUCUCUUCGCCUGCGCCUUCUGCGUGUCCGUCUUCAGAUACACCGUCUACCCGGAGAUCUGGACCGUUAUGAUCGCCGACAGCGUAAACUCGCUCUUCCUUGGAACGAUACCAAUGGGUUUUGCUACCCUGAUCUCCGCCUGGUGCACGCUGUGCAUUCCGUAUUGGGGUCCGUGGGCAGUCACGUGUGCGUGGGUGUGCUGGAUGAUUGACUCGGUUGUUGCUGUGGCAGUGACCAUCUCACUCACUGUCUUGCUGAUAUCCGCGUCUCAUCGACAAGCUUUGGACCGGAUUACUGCUGCCCAAUUGCUUCCCAUUGCUGCGUCUAUCGUCGCUGCUGGAACAGGCGCUAGAGUUGCUGAACAUCUACCGGAUCCGGAGAAUGCGCUUGGUACGAUUAUCGCAUCCUACAUCAUGUGGGGGAUGGCAACACCGCUGGCUAUGACUGUGCUUGUUAUGUACUACACACGUCUCGCUCUCCACAAACUACCGCCUCGGGAAAUCGUCGUUUCAUCCUUUCUACCGCUUGGUCCGCUCGGCAUGGGCGGCUAUUCAAUCACAUACCUAGGCCAUGUGAGCCGCAAAGUCUUUCCAGUAACACAAUUCUUCUCAGAAAUGCCCGUAGCCGGCGAUAUCUUCUUCGUCAACGGCGUCUUCAUCGCCCUCAUCAUGUGGGCAUUCGGCCUAACAUGGCUCUGCUUCGCGCUCGCAUCGAUCUACAAAUCCCGACCAUUCCCAUUUAACAUGGGCUGGUGGGGAUUCACCUUCCCACUCGGCGUCAUGGCGCUUUCGACAAUGGAAUUUGGCAAAAUAUUCCCGAGCCUGUUCUUCAAGGUUCUGGGCACGAUUUUCGCGAUUGCUGUCAUACUGCUGUGGUGUGUCGUCGCCGCGGGGACUGCGAGAGGGGCUUGGAGGGGGCAUUUGUUUAAUGCGCCGUGCUUGAAGAAUUUGCCAAAGAAAGAGGAUAAUGAGGGGCCGGAUGUGGCUGAGCAGGAGAAGGCUUUGCAACCGACUUGA